AGUUCCAUCACAAAACGUAAACUAAACGUUCUAAAAAAAAAAAAAAACCCAAAAUCUUUUCGAAGUUCAGUUGGAUUUAAAAUUAUACACCUAGAGUGGACAUUUGGAAUUGAGCUUAACAAUGCUACGAUUGCCACAUUAUCGUAUUGCAGCCGGUUGCUGUCGUCGAUUGAGUAACGCCGCUAAAAACGGACCCGGUGGAGGAGGCGCCGGCAAGAAUGUUUCUGGGGAUGUUCUGGCCGAAUUGGAGGCAGGCUAUAACAGUUUGGCCGCCUCCGAUUCGAAGUCUCUGCUUAAGAAGCAUUUGUCCAAGGACAUCUUCAACAGAUUGAAAAAGUCAUCAACACCAAGUUUUCACUCAACCUUAUUGGAUUGCAUUCGAUCGGGAUUAUGCAACCACGACUCGGGAGUGGGUAUCUAUGCACCCGAUGCUGAGGCGUAUAAAACUUUUGCAGACAUAUUUGAUCCGAUUAUUGAGGAUUAUCACAAGGGCUUUAGGAAAACGGAUAAACAUCCUGAAUCCUGCUUCGGCCACGGCAAGGAUUUUCCAAACCUCGAUCCGGAGAAUAAGUUCAUAGUGUCAACGCGCGUCCGGUGCGGUCGAUCUGUGCAAAACUUUCCUUUCAAUCCGUGCCUUACCGAAUAUGACUAUGGAGAGCUAGAGUGCAUGAUUGCCAAUGCCCUGGGUACAUUAUCGGGUGAAUACUCAGGUGCCUAUAUGCCAUUAAUCAAUAUGGACAAGUCGCAACAGCAGAAGCUCAUCGACGAGCAUUUUCUUUUUAAAGAGGGCGAUCGUUUCCUGGAAGCGGCAGGCGCUUCGCGUUUUUGGCCAGCCGGCCGUGGCAUCUACUUUAACAAGGCUCGAAAUUUUCUCGUCUGGGUUAACGAAGAGGACCAUAUACGCAUCAUAUCCAUGGAAAAAGGCGGCGAUCUAGGCAAGGUCUAUGAUCGUAUGCUUGGUGGUGUAGAAGCCCUAGGCAAGCAUUUACAUUUCAGUCGAGAUGAUCGCUUAGGUUUCCUUACCUUCUGUCCCACCAAUUUGGGUACCACUAUACGUGCCUCCGUGCACAUCAAAUUGCCCAAUCUCAACAAAAACAAAGACGAAUUGCAGAAGCUGGCCACCAAAUAUAAUUUACAAGUUCGUGGCACUAGCGGUGAGCACAGCGAAGCCAAGGGAGGAGUCCAUGACAUUUCAAACAAACGCCGGAUGGGCCUAACCGAAUAUGAAGCUGUCAAAGAGAUGUAUGACGGCAUUCGUGCCCUAAUUGAUGCCGAAUGUAAGGCAGCAAGCAGUUCUUAAAUAUUUAUUCUUACACAUUAAUCAUACUUAAAUUACGGUUACUAUAAAUUAUAAAGUAAUUUAUAACCGAAUUUAUGAAAAAUUUAGAUGUAUUUGUAUAUAAAGCUAAAGAACUUUGAUAGUUCCAAAGUAAAGAUUCUUUUCAAACUGUA